AUGGUUGUUAGGAGAAUCCUGGAUGAAGGUGGCAAUGCAGCAGACGCCGCAAUUUCGGUGCUUCUCUGCAUGGGUGUGACCAUUCCUGAGUCACUGGGCUUAGGCGGUGGCUCAAUGAUGGUCAUCUACAACGCAACGACCAAAAAAUCGACGUUCAUCAACGCCCGUGAAACGGCACCUGCGGCCGCCUAUCGGGACAUGUUCAACAACACCCAGACGCACAACAACCGCUCCUCUUAUGGCAUCGAGUCGAUUGCAGUGCCUGGCGAUGUGGCUGGCUACUGGCGAGCCUUCAGCAAGUUUGGCUCGGGAAAGAUCACCUGGCGACGACUCUUUGAGGACGCCAUCAAGUUUGCCCGAGACGGCUUCCCGGUGGGCCAGCACCUGAAUGACGCUCUCGAACAAAACCGCAAGUCGAUCAUGUGGCUGAAGCCAAUGCACCAAGUGUACGUCAACCCGGCCACCAAGGACCUGUACAAGGUGGAUGAGAUCUUCAAGCAGCCCGUCCUCGCUGAGACGCUCACUCAGCUGGCAAACGCCACCAAUCCAAAGGACUUCUUCUACAACACGCUCUCCAAGAAGAUCCUGGAAGACAUCUACAAGGUGAAUGCGCCACAGUUUCCCGGACAGAAGGGCAUCAUCACGCGAGAUGACUUUCUCAAGUAUGACGUACUUGAGGAAGAGGCGUUCACCUACGAGUUUGAUAACAAACUCAAAGUGCACACCGCUCAGCUGCCAGGUGCCGGUGUGCUGCUCUCCUUCAUCCUUCGAGUGAUGAACAAGUACCCCGACCUUUACCCGACGGCCAAGUUUGACCAGGGUAAGGCUGACCUCUUCUACCACCGCCUAACGGAGGCCUUCAAGUUUGCCUUUGCAAAUCGAAUGUACCUGGGCGAUGACAAGUUUGAUAAAGUGCAAGGAGUGGUCAAGAACCUGACCUCAGAUGCCUUUAUCAAUCACAUCAUAAAGGAAAUUAAUGAUGAGAAAACGUUUCCAAGCAGUUCUGGCUACUACGAUGCAAAGAAAAUGUACAACGGAAUGGACAAGGGAACGGCUCAUGUUGCAGUCUUGGACGGCCAGGGAAAUGCCGUCACUGUCACCUCAACGGUCAAUCUCUAUUUUGGCAGCAAAGUCCUCUCCCCCUCAACUGGCAUCAUUCUCAAUGACGAAAUGGACGACUUCAACAUUGGCACAAAGAAUGAGUUUGACCUACCGGCGUCCUUUGCCAACAUCAUUCAGCCAGGCAAACGACCACUCUCCUCAAUGUCACCGGCCAUCUUCACCGACGACACCGGGAUUCGCCUGGUGAUUGGCGCCAGCGGUGGACCAAAGAUUCUCACCUCGGUGGCGUACACUGCACUGCGUCAGCUGUGGUUCGGCGACAACAUCAAACAGGCAAUCGACUCCUGUCGAGUGCACGACCAGCUCUUCCCCGAGAAGGUCACCUACGAGCCUUGUUUUCCAGAGACCAUUCUGCGCAGUAUGAAACAGCGCAAGCACAACACCACCGAGCUGCCAGUGGGCGUCAGAGGGGCGGUGGUCAUGGGCAUCGCUCGCAGUCGCAACAACUCCAUCGAGGCCAACUCUGACUACCGAAAGGGCGGCACAGUGGCCG